GUAACAAACCGAACUAGACCAUCAAAGCAUGACAGAAGGGAAGCCUAACGCAGCAGAAGUCCUUUAUUUUACCUCGUAAUAUAUAGGUUUUUAACGUUCUGUGCGUUUAUAUUAUUGCGUGUAUACAUUUCUGACUUCAACCUAAGCACUAUUUGGCGGCGCAGAGAUAUUAGUGGCAAGAUGUUUGCCACAAUUAAGGAAGCCCUCGGCACAGAGCGGUUUGAGGCAACCGGGCGUGGAGGUGGAGGAUGCAUCAACGAAGGCGAAGUGUUCAAGACAGACAAGGGACAGGUCUUCUUGAAGAGGAACUCAAAGUCUAAAGCUCGUGAGAUGUUUGAUGGGGAAUUUGAGAGCCUGAAAGCCAUUGUCGCCACAGGCACAAUAAAAGCCCCUACGCCCCACUUAGUCGUUGAUAAUCCAGCUGGUGGGGCCGUCCUGGUUAUGGAGUACUUGGAUAUGCACGGCCUUAAUAGACAGUCUGGAGCUCUCGGUGAACAGUUGGCCAGAAUGCACCUCCAUAACAUAGAGAAAAUGGAGAAGUUUGAUGAAGGCCAUGUUGGUGGCAGGGAGGAAUUAAAGCCUGUGACCCAGUUUGGAUUCUCUGUUCCAACCUGUUGCGGCUAUUUACCCCAGGAUAAUACGUGGAAUGAUGACUGGGUUGUUUUUUAUACAAGGAAAUUACAGGAGCAGCUUACAAUGAUUGAAAAAGAUUAUAGAGACUGUGAGGCAAGAGAGUUAUGGUCAAAGUUGCAGCGGAAAAUACCAGAAUACUUUAAGGACAUUGAAGUGAAGCCAUCACUUGUUCAUGGAGAUCUUUGGAGUGGCAAUGCGGCAGAGACCGCUGAUGGUCCAGUUAUAUUUGACCCAGCUUCUUUCUACGGCCACCAUGAAUAUGACUUGGGAAUCGCAGGAAUGUUUGGAGGUUUUAGUCGCAAAUUCUGGGAUGGAUAUCACAGUGUUAUUCCAAAAGCACCAGGCUUUAGCAACAGACACAAGCUCUAUCAGCUGUUCCAUAACCUGAACCACUGGAAUCAUUUUGGAAGUGGAUAUAGAAGUGGAAGUCUGCAUUUGAUGAGGACCUUGUGCUAAAAACACAUUAUUAUGUUAAUAAACUUGUUACAUUUGUAUGACUACUAUACACACGCAAUUACCAGUGCAUUUAGCAAUGCACUGUCAUUAACAUUCACAUACAUAUAAAUAUAUUAUUUUACCAGUUUUGCAAUACUGUUAGAUAAAAAUAUGUUGUAUAUACAAAAGAAAAUUACGUAAAUGCUUAUCCAUUCCUGUGUUUAUCACUGGCAUUAUCAAAAUACAUUCCUUUUCACCAUAAUUUUUU